CUUAAAGCUGAUGACGCGCGCAGUUCGAGAGAAUGCCGACUCGGCUGGACGGCAGGUGCUGGGAUCUUUGAUAUUUCCUGUCCAUCGCGUGCUGGUUUGUGAAGAAACCGUUCCCACUGCCUGCCCCUGUUGAUCAUUCUCCUCCCGUCCUAACUCAUUUGUAUCUGUCUCGGAUCUCGAGAGAAGUGCAACUGUUGUGGCUGGUUCAGGUUCCCAAUCCCCCCUUGGCGCUUCUGACACUGGUGGUUUGUGCUGCCAUCUGAAUUGAUACCUUCCAUUGGAGAUAUUGGCCACCGUGACGUCUCAUUUUUCUUAUAAGAGAAACGCGGGAGGAAGGGAAGGAGGACAGUUGGGCAGCAUGGCCGACCAGGAAGCAGGUUCUUCUCGUCGGGACAUAUCCCCUGCCCCAAUCUCGCAAGAUCAGCAAGACCCGACCGGACGCAAUACCCAUUCAUCUACCACUCUCGAGUCAUCAACUCGGCAAGACUGCAGCAACCCAGACAACAAGAACGAGGACACUUUCGCGAAAACCACCGGAAAACACAGCAGCAACAACAACAACAGCAGCGACAGCAGCGACAGCAGCGACAGCAGCGACAGCAGCGACAGCAGCGACAGAGUAAAGUACCUCACCGACGACGAGAUCGACACCUUUCUCGACGAGCUUGACCACAACAACAAUGGGUUCAUCGAAUACAGCGAGGUCGAGGCCCAGCUGGACCGCGUGCAUGACGAGAUCGCCCCCAAGGCUGCGCCGCACCUGAGGCUCCAUCGCGAUGUCGCUGCUUCUUCUCGCAAGGGUGCUUCCGGUGGCGAUACCGACGACGGAGAAGCGGCUGGCGCGAGACAUGUGUUCCUGUCUAAGAUGCUGGCGACACGUGGCGAUGCUAGCAACGAGAGUGCAUCGCAACAGCAGCAGCAGCCGCAGCAGAAGCAACGUGACCAGCACAGGAUCCCCCGGGCCGAGUUCAGGGAGUGCGUGCGGUCAUGGAAAAUACCCUCCAUGAAACAGGACAAGGACGCCGAGAAGGAGGAGCACGAUUACGUCGCCUCGAUGAGCGUCUGGCGCCGAGUCAGGGCGUACUGGGCAGUCCACGGGCCGGAGAUUGUGUUCCUGGGCGUAGUCGUCGCGAUGCAUCUCGGGUUGGGCAUCUGGCAGUGCGUCAAAUACGCCACGGGACCACAGUACCAGGCCGCCUUGGGCUGGGGUGUUGUACUGGCAAAGACCUGUGCUGGCGCUCUCUACGCCUCCUUCUUCUUCCUCGUGCUCAGCAUGUCGCGCUACUUCUCGACUUUCCUCCGCCGCUUCUACCAUGUCUCGCGCUUCAUCAACUGGGACCUCUCGCAGGCCUUCCACAUCCGCAUGUCCAUUGUCGCCCUCGCGCUCGCGACGCUCCAUGCCAUCGGCCACCUGUCCGGGUCAUUCAACUGGGGUAGCCGUCCCGAGCGGCAAGAAGCGGUCACCGCACUCCUGGGCGCGCCAAAGCCACAGUACGUCGACUUUGUCCGCACGAGACCGGGGAUCACGGGGAUACUCGCGCUGGGCCUGUUCUAUGUGCUCGCGAUCCUGAGCCUCCCGCAGGUCCGGAAAUGGAACUACCAGGUCUUCCAGCUCGCCCACCUGCUCAUGUUCCCCAUCAUCGGCCUGCUCAUCGCCCACGGGACCACGCAGCUGCUCCAGUGGACCAUGCUCGGGUACUUCCUCGCGUUCCCCACGCUGCUGGUGACGGCCGAGAGGCUGGUCCGCGUGGCCACGGGGUUCCACCGGAUCCCGGCGAAGCUGAGGGUGCUCGACUCGGAGACGGUCGAGAUCAGCGCCACGAUUCCGAGCGAGCGGCUGUGGCGGUACGAGGCCGGGCAGUACGUCUUCCUGCAGGUGCCGCAGCUGAGCAUGUGGCAGUGGCAUCCGUUCACGGUGUCGGCUUGCAGUGGGAAGCAGAUGUGGCUGCACAUCAAGACUGACGGGGACUGGACGGGGAAGCUGAGGAAGCUCGCUGUCGGGGAAGAUGCGGACGAGGCGGGAGGAGAUAAGGAGAAGAAGCAGAAAAAGAAUGAUGAAACGGAUACGGAGAAGGUGACGGAGAUUGACAUUGGUAUCAACGGCCCCUUCGGUGCUCCCGCCCAGAGGUUCUACGACUUUACGCAUUCGAUUGUUGUCGGUGGUGGUAUUGGAGUCACGCCAUUUUCGGGCAUUCUGGCGGAUCUGCAGGCCAAAGACGAUGCCGCACACGGCGGACCAGGUGGACAAAGGAAGCUCCCCCUGGGCCCGGGCUCGGCGAGAUCCCACAGUGGCGACAUCCUCAGCAACCAGCAGGACGACAGCGAAAGCGAUCGAGCGGACACCACUGCACGGAAUACAGCAGAGCCGGAUUCCAGUGAUCAUACAAUCGUCCCGCCAGCCGGCAACCUGAUUCACAACGCCCCGGCCCAGACGGACGGCAUCGCCCAUGACAAUCACCGCCACUCCUCCACUCGCAAACCCGGUACCUCUCCCUCUUCUUCUUCUUCUUCCCCGCACGGCCCGACGUACGCCAACGACUACCGCCGCGUCGACUUCCACUGGAUGGUCCGGGACCGGAACCAGCUGCUCUGGUUCUCGGACCUGCUCAACGCGGUCUCGGCGUCGCAGCUCUGGCACGCCAAGCACCAGGACACGCACCACGGCAGGCACCUCGACAUCAACAUCCACACGCACGUCACGCAGAAGCGGCAGGGCAUCGCGACGCACGUGUACCGCUGGCUGCUCGAGAUGCACCGCACCGAGAAGCACCCGGAGUCGCCGCUCACGGGGCUCAUCAACGCGACCAACUUUGGCCGGCCCGACUUCACGAGGAUCCUGGAGGAGCAUUACGACGAGGUGCGCGCUUUCAAGGCCCGCCGGACCAAAGAUGCUGCCGCCGCCGCCGCCGCUGCUGUUCCCAGGGGCAGAAAAAAUGCAAGGGGGCAGCAGUCAAGCAGGGCCGGUGCUGGUCGCGAUGAUGGCUCCGGCGAUGCUCACGACGACGACGACGAAGAGGUCAAGGUUGGCGUGUUCUUCUGUGGGACUCCCGUUGUGGGCGAGAUCCUGGCGGACAAGUGCUCGGCGCUGAGCGCUCGUGGGCGGGCGGACGGGAGCAAGAUUGAGUAUCACUUCAUGAUGGAGGUGUUUGGAUGA